UGUUUUUCUUUUCUAAUUUCUUCCUUGCUUAGGAAACAGCAGACAUGACUAACCGAGAAGAGGCCGAGGUACAAAUUUCGGAAUUAGACUUACUCGCCAGCAUGUUUCCUUACGAGGAAGAGUUCACCGUGACUGACCAGCUGGCUGUAGCAGAACUAAAGCACUAUGUUGAAAAUGAGUCUGCAGAGAUGCCGUCUUCAAAAGUUCAGUUUAUACUGAAUGUAAAACCAGAGGUCUCUAAUGCCUCUAUGGUGGAAUUCUCUAUGGCCUGUGCCUUACCACUUAAAUAUCCAACUGUUCUACCAGAAAUUACUGUGAGGUCAUCAUUAUUAAGUCGCUCUCAGCAGAUUCACCUGAACUCUGAUCUAAAAACGUAUUUGAUGCAAAACUGCAGUGGUGAGCCCUGCAUGUUGAGUGCAAGGGAAUGGGUUAAAGACCACGCCGCUGCUUACAUUGACAAAGAGCUUUCGUCUUCCUCAGUGACAACGUCAAAUGCCAUGCAGUCAGAAGACAUAACAUUCACUCGAUUGUGGAUCUAUAGUCAUCACAUUUACAACAAGCAAAAAAGAAAGAAUAUUAUUGACUGGGCCAAGGAGCUCUCUCUGUCAGGGUUUUGCAUGCCGGGGAAACCAGGUGUUGUUUGUGUAGAAGGUCUACAAAGUAGUUGUGAAGAGUUCUGGUCAAGAGUAAGAAGAUUAACGUGGAAAAGAAUUCUCAUUCGGCACAGAGAAGAUGUUUCUUUGGAAGGUGGAGGACAUGCUGAGAUUCAGAAACAAAGGAAGUUCUCCACUCUGGAAGAAAAAUGUUUUGAUGCACAUGGUGCCAGAGGAAAUCAUAUGGAUUUGGGGCAGCUAUAUCGUUUUUUAGAAGAAAAAGGAUGUGCUGACAUUUUUCAAAUGUACUUUGGGGUUGAAGGGCAUUGAAGGGGUUAAAGAUCACCACAGGCACAAGUUGUGAUCUUUGGAAGUUAAUCCUCGUAACAGAUUCCUUAGCUGUUCUGCAACAGUUGAUCAGAGAGGGAAUUAAUGAUUUGUGGUUUAUAUGAUGAAUCCAGUUUUCAAUGAAGACGAAUAUUCAGUGAAAUCCUGAAUAAUGAAAAUGACUAAAUGA